AUGGACAAGAGUUGGAUGACGAUAAAUAAUCGGUUGACAAGUAAAGAGUAUCAACAAGGGGUGAAGUCAUUCCUUGAUUUUGCUACGGCAAAUUUAGGCGUAGAGGAUGAAAUUAGGUGUCCUUGUGUCGAUUGCAUUAAUGGCACAAAAUAUAGCAGACAAGUUGUGUGGAUGCACUUGAUCCGAAGAGGCAUGGCAUCUUCGUAUCUAACUUGGGUGCAUCACGGGGAACAUGUUCCCGUGUCUCGUCCUAGUGUAUCAAAUGACCAAUAUGGAGGUAGUGGCGAAUGUAUGACAGAUAUCGAUGAUCCGCCCAUGGAUGAAUUGCCUAUUAUGUUGGAAGAAAUUUAUGUGAGUGGUCUUAUGGAUGAUCAUACCGACGAGGAACCUAAUGGUUUGGAGAGGGAGGAUUUGCAUAAGUUCACUAGGUUAUUCGAAGAUGCACAACGCAAAGUUCACCCGACAUGUGAAAAGUUUUCUGUGUUAUCAUUCGUCAUUAAGAUGCUUCAUGUGAAGGUGUACAACAAAUGGAGCAACAAGUCAUUCGAUAUGGUUAUGCAGGUAUUCAAGGACAUUCUACCAGAAUGUGAUCCAACAGUUCCAUGGACACUCUAUGAUGCUAAGAAGUUCUUACGUGACUUGGGUUUGGGAUAUGAAACAAUUCAUUCGUGCAAGAAUGAUUGUGUACUAUUUUGGAAAGAGAGUGCUAAUUUGGAGAAAUGGCCUACAUGUGACACGUGUAGAUACAAGUUGAACGAUGAUGGUGGUAAAAAGAUUCCACACAAGGUAUUGCGGUACUUUCCUUUGACACCGAGGUUGAAAAGAUUGUAUAUGUCCAAAAAAAGAGCCGCAGAUAUGAGAUGGCACAAUGAGAAGUGUGUGGAUGAUGACAUAUUAAGGCACCCGGCCGAUGGUCAAGCAUGGAAGGACUUUGAUAAGCAACAUCCGACGUUUUCUGAUGACUCUCGAAAUGGAUUACGGAGUAAAAUAGGGUAUAUGGGUGCUCGUCGCCACUUGCUUGAGAACCACACUUGGCGAACAAGUAAGCUCUUCAAUGGUCAAACGGAGCAUAGGUCCAAACCUUUGGACUUAUCGGGGGGCCAAAUACUAGAGCAAAUUGAUUCUGCGACUUACAAGCCGUAUGGAAAGCACCCACAAAAUCGAAAACGACAAAGGAAUGAACAUCAAAAUUUGAAUUGA